AUGGCGGGUGAUGACUAUGAUGUCACAAAGCUGGAGUUUUCAAGUACAAAUGAACCAAAUCAGAAACCCAAAGAUGUUAUUUUCCAUCUUCCAGCCAUUCUCAAAGAAACUCCUCACAGGGAAUCAAUUCUUCGCAUAUGCCCCACUGCAGACAGUAACUUUAUGCUCAUGGGGCAAGAUGGCCUGAUUUCCUUCUGGUCGUCAGACCUGAUGUUUGUGAAAAGCAGGUCUCUUUUUGAAAAAAGCAGAAAGGUCAAAUGGAUUACUGAUUUCAUCCUCAUUAAUCAGUACAACAAAUUCCUGAUUGGAACAUGUGAUAGAGAAAUCCGUCUGUAUGAAUUGUCCAAUUUUGAACCAUAUUGUCAAAUAAUUGGCCUUCAGUCUGUGCCUCUUCGACUAGACUACAGUUCCACAGGCAAUGAUGAAAGUGUGAUUCUCUAUGGUGAUGAUCAGGGAUGUGUCAAUAUCUUGCUCAUGUCAAUGAUGGGGGAAAGCCUGAGGAACUGGACAAAGGGUCCGUUAGUGGAUGGAAUUCCAAGCGUUACCAUUGAGAAACUUGCGAGUCAUGGACCAAUCUCCUACAUAUGCUGGAAGGCUCAUAAUGAUUGGGUGUCAGAGAUUAAAUACAUCCACUCUAUCAAUAAAGUUAUAUCAAGUUGCAAUGAGGAAACGACUGCCCUAGUCAUAGGUUGUGUCAUAGGUACCAAGUCCAUUCAGCAGAGGAUGAAAGAAAUUCAAGAUGAAGUCUAUAAUAAAGACAGGCACCCCCAGACAGGAGUGACUGUUCUACAGAGAAGACAGAGUUGUGAUGAAGCAAUAUUUUUAAUCUCCAAAGGAGCAAAAACCUUUGACUUCUGCAAAGAAAAGAAUGUGCUUGUCACAGGAGGAUUAGACAGAAUAAUUCGAAUGUGGAAUCCAAACUUCACAGGACGACCAAUUGGGAGGCUGACUGGCCAUAAUUCACCCAUCAUCUUCCUCAGUAUUGCUGCAGGGGACAGGAGGAUAUUUUCAAUCUCAGUAGACAAGAUAAUUAAGGUUUGGGAUAUUGAAGACCAAAUGUGCCUCAUUACUGUGAAACCUAAGGCUAGUCAGAUUAAUGGAGAUUUGGCCACUUGUUAUUAUUCUGAGGAAUCAAAGGCACUCUACAUUGCAACUGAUUCAUUGGCACAGCUACUGCUGCAGAACAGAGAGGAGCUGAAUAAAGGUGUGUCUCACAAGAAACCUGUUCUGUGUUGUCAAUACAACAAGUUAAUGAGACAAGUCGUUACUUGCUGUGAAGGAUCUGAUAUUAAAGUGUGGGAUCUGGACACUGGCCACCUUGUCUUUGAAUUAACCAGAGCUCAUGGAGAUGCUGCUAUAACGUGUAUGACCUUUGACAUUGAUGAAAGAAGGCUGAUCACGGGUGGCAGAGAUGGAUGUGUGAAGAAAUGGGACUAUCAAAAUGGGAAAUGUAUACAGACCCUGAGACAAGCUGGAGAAAAAACUGAAGAAAUCAGUGACUGUAUUUAUGCUGAAAUAUACAAAAAUAGCUUUAUCAUCUCGGUUGGCUGGGACAAAAGGAUCAAUGUUUAUUCGGUACGUGCAAACAAGAACAUGGAGUCCUUUAUGUCACAGAGAAGGUUGACUAAACCCAUUGAGACCAUGCUGGCAGACAUUCAGGAUGACCUAAAUGAUACUCAGUAUCCAUCACACCUUUGGGCAGAUGAUGCAAUGCAGAAAAAUGGCCACAAGGAUGAUAUUUUGUCUGUUGUCCUGUGUGCUCCAAAUCUGCUGGCUACUUCAAGUUAUGAUGGUGCAAUUAUUAUCUGGAACUUCACAUCCGGUCUCAUCUUCUGUCAUCUUCAUUCUCCAUUCAGUGCAGUGCCUCAGGAAUUGUCAGGUGGUGUUUGA